CCUUCAUACACUCUAGUUUAGAUUUAAUAUGCGGAUCAAUUAUCCCGUUUAUGUGUUUUUGGCGUUUGAACCUUGUCUGUAAAGUGACGCACAAUGCUUUAAUGAAGCUAAUAUUAGCCUCGAUGCUACAAUUCAAACAACCAUCUAGAUUCACCUAAAGAUACCGGUGGUCAUUGAGACAAUGUCUGACAGUGAUGGUCCACCACACGAGCCUGCUGGACUGGACGGUCUGCCGCCACUGUUACUUAUAUGCAAGGGAGAGGUGGUCUCUGUGCAGACCUAUGGAGCUUUUGUCCGCCUUCCAGGAUACAAGAAGGAAGGCCUGGUACAUGUGAGUGAGAUGUCAGCCUCACGGGUUGAGAAUGCCUCAGAGAUUGUCGACGUGGGGGAACAGGUGUGGAUUAAAGUCAUUGGGAGAGAGAUUCAAGGAGAAAAGAUAAAGCUGUCCUUCUCAAUGAAAGCUGUCAAUCAGGGAACAGGGCGGGACUUGGACCCCAACAACGUUAAUGCAGAGCAGGAUGCGAGGCGACGAAGGAAUUUUAGGGAUCACACAGGCAACAGGAUCACACUGGACGCUGUACUCAACACAACAUGCGCAAAGUGCGGCUGCAGGGGUCACUUUACAAAGGACUGUUUCUCUGCUCCGGGCUUGCAGUACGCUCUUCUGCCAGAAGAAGACAAUGAAGAGCCACGGCAACAGCAGGCACCAUCAGUCGCACAACAGCUAGACUCAGAGAAAAAGAAAAAGAAAAAGAAGGAGAAGAAAAUGAAGAAAAAGAGGAAGAGGGAGAAAAAGGAUUCGGCGAGCGACAGCAGCAGCAGCAGCGACGAGUGCAAAUCCAAGAAGAGGCGCCGCGACCACACUCACGACAGUGAGGACAAAAAGAAGAAGAAACACAAGAAACACAAAUCUCACAGACACAGCUGAGAUAGCCACACAACCAACCAACCCCACAUCUGUAGUUACACACACAGUGCAGCUAUCAGACAGAAACAAGAGGAAGUGGUUGGCAACAGAUGGACUUCUAGUUGUGCAUCUUUUAAUACAUGCUCCAUCAAUCAUCUCAUUAUAGAAACGUUCAUUCAUUUAAGUAUAAUUAAAAAUACAUCAAGUCAACUUUUAAAAAAGGGAAAAUAGUCCAAAAGUGAUGUAAAACAAAUUAGGAGACACUUGCCCUGAAAUAACCGUUAGCUCUCUCACAGAAGAAGGAGUCUACACAUGAUCAUACGUAACCAGAGAGGUGUAAGCUAUAUAGCAGCAAGCAGCUAUCCCUCCUGAGAUCCACAUAUUGUUUACAGCUAUCCAGUUUCUUUAGUUAAGCAGACGUGAGGACAGUAAAGCUGACUCUGGGGGGCUCAGACAUGAAAUCCUUGAAAUAUUGAAUGAAGAAAAAGCCACACACACACACACACAAAUAGGAAAUAGUAAAGACACAAACAGGAAGUGUAAUGCCGCACACAUAAGCGUGACGGGAAGCUCAAGCUAUGGUGAUAUCCUGAAGUUCUCUACCGCUUAUUGUGCUUUUCAGUGUACAUACAUGUGUGUGUUUGUGUUUUUUACCUCCAGGGUCUACUCACAGCACACACACACACACACCUCUUCCUGCAUGUCAACUGUUAAUUUCAUUAAAGCAUGUUUAUAUUUGUAAAGGUUAAAAAAAAAACGCCUCUUGAUGUCUUUGUUCCUGGACCUUGAACUCUUUCUGUAACAGUCAGCCCCUGGGGGAUCAUGAAACACACACACACACACACGUACAUCAAAAAUUCUCAGGUGGGGGUCUGCUCCACCACAAGGUCAUAUUAAGUUAAUGUUUUCAAGUGAGGAAGGUGUCUCGUGGCAGGGUUAUGUCCCACAAGGUCCAAAAGCAUGUUUUUCUUUUUUAAAAGAUAAGCCCUCGUCAAUGUCAGACAAGAUAAGGUGACGUGAGAGAAUCGACAUCUUGUUUCUUAUGUUUCAACCUAGUUUCUAAGCAUCUACUUGCUGGAUUGUGCAGAAAUGUUUUCCAGCUGUAGCGGUUUGGCAUGAAUUCAGUGCAUUCCCCUGGCAGUGACUCUUCUUCUUUGGUCAGUGUCAGGACUCGUUUGCAUUUUUCUUCAAUUGGUAAUUUCUCUUAAUAAAAAAAAAAAGAAGUUGCAAACAGUAAAUGUACAAGAUGAGUUUAAUAUGGCCUGUUGAACAUUCAGCGUGACCCUGAAGCUUGCAAUUAUGUGAACAUAACUGCAGAACAGAAAAAAGUUAAAAUGAGAUCUACUUGUUCAGCUUAUAUUACAAUGUUUUACUGUAUAUCCUUGAAAAAUGUGAACUUUCUGCUGCCAUAAUUUAUCAAUUUUUAUAGAUUGUGUUGGAAGGAUUUGGAGUUGGAAAAAAACCUGAAGAUGGUUUGAUCUUUUGUGAAGUAUGUUUAUUGGCCUCCAGGCUGUGAGUUUGCUUUGUUGAUGAAGCAAUACCAGUCUGUAUUUGUCUGUUAAUUAUGAGACUACAGCCAGAGGCCACUUAGCUUAGUUUAGCAUAAUGACUGUAAACACAAAAUAGCUAGUAGCACCUCUAAAGCUCACACAUUAAGAUGUUGCAUCAUGUUUGUUUGAUGCAAGAUAUUGCCACAGCACGAGUAAGCAAGUUUCUCAAGACAAUCAAACAAUUUAUUUUACAGAGUAGAGAGUUGAUUUCAAAAAUUUGGGUUAAACGUUUGAAAUACAUCACAUUGCGUAAGGAAGGCUAAUACUUGUUCCCACACACAUUGUAUUUGGAGUUUUACCUUUUUAAACAUUUCACGAUUUGAUGAUUUUGUUUAAUAAAGUUUGGCCCCAAAAGAUCCAUUUUCUAUUUUCUUUCCAAAACUUUCCACUAAAUCUCAUAAACUUCUGCAAAUUCCAUCUGCUGAUAAAGACUGUGACAUGUAGUUGAAACCUCUCGAAAAAGCUAGUAAGUGUCCCUUGACUUUUACCGUUUAGACUUAAAAAUGUCUAGAAAUAACUUUCAAAUUAAAUAAAAAUAAUAUUAAAGGUG